AUGCAGCAAGGGGAGCUGCGGGCGCCUAGGCUGUGUGGAGGGGCCGUGCUGACGCCUGCCGGCCGAGCCCGGAACUGCAGGGCUCCAAGCAUCCCGGUGCCCUGUGCCCGUCGGUCUGCACCCCGCCCCCUCCAGACACGUUCCAGUGUCAGAGCUGUGACUCAGGGGCAGCUGGACAUCGCCAGCGGCACGGGCUGCAUCUGGAGUGGCACAGGGCGCAGUGUCCUGCUGGACUGUGACCCAGCUGUGCCUCGGGCAGUGAACACUGCAGCGUUUCUGUUCCAAGCCGAACGGGCAGGGCACGGGGUCCCCUGUUUGGCCUCUCUGCACUCCGCUCCCCGUGUGAAGGCAGGGAGGCCCUGUGCCGUGGCACGGCGUCUGGCUAGUGGGGCAGCGCUGGAAACGGGCUGCGGAGGCCAGAUGGGCUCGGAGGCUGUGGGCGGACAGGACCGCGGGACCCUCGCUGCAGGGCCUCCUCGCCUCCCGAGGCUGCGAGGAGAGCGCUGUGGCGGCGGGGUCUCCGGUGCUCGCAGCCUGCGGCUGGUGCCUGUGCAGCGCAGCGCCGCGCGGGGGAGACCAGCAGGAGCUGUCUCUCUGCCUCGAUCCUCUGCUACAAGCGAGACCGACCAAGGUGCCCGCCCUGUGCCGCGAGGGGACAGCGAGUCCCAGCGGCCCGCUGCUGCCGAGCCAGCGUGGCCGCCCGUCCCGCGCCUCCGCAUGGCGGCGGCGCGCACCCGCGUGUGCGCGGAUCCCGAAGCCCUGGCUGGGAGCCACGGGGUGCGGGCGCGAGGGGGUAAGAGCCUCCAGGCGGCAGGCGACAGUCUUUCAGAUGGGGUUCCUGCAGGUUCUCCGGAAGCUGCUAAAAAUGCAAGUGACAUAGAAAAGCUCACAGAGCAGGUGAUGCGGAACCCACAAGUCCUGGCAGCUUUACAGCAAGGACCUGACGAUGUCUCUCACACUCCUUCCAGCUAUACCCAAAGCAGUCAAGAGGAGAAUUAGAGCCGGGUUGAUGCACUCAAGCAGCUUCAGGUGCAGUGUGCAUACACAGAAGCCAAGUUCUAUGAAGAGGUCCAUGACCUGGAGAGAACGUAUGCAGCACUGUAUCAACCUCUGUUCCACACGAGAAGAGAAUUCAUCACUGGUGAUGUGGAGCUCACAGAUACAGAAUCAGAAUGGCACAGUGAAAAUGCAGAGGAGGAGAAUUUAGCUGGAGACGUGAAAAAUAAAGUAGUCACAGCAGAAAAACAAGCAGCAGCCAAAGAGCUAAAUCUCAAAGGAACCCCCGGGCUCUGGUUCACCAUUUUUAGAAACGUGGAUAUGCCCAGUGAGCUAGUGCAAGAUGAUGAGCCAAUCUUGAAACAUCUGCAAGAUAUUAAAGUGAAAUUUUCAGACCCUGGACAGCCUUUGUCUUCUAUGUUAGAGUUCCCCUUUGAACCCAGUGACUACUUUACCAAUCCAGUCCUGACAAAAACAUACAAGAUGAUGAAGUCAGAGCCAGACAAGGCCGACCCCUUUGCCUUUGAAGGUCCUGAAAUUGUGGACCAUGAUGGGUGUACUGCUGACUGUAAGGAAGGAAAAAAUGUUACAGUGAAAACCGUCAAAAGAAAACAGCAGCAGAAGGGUUGGGGCACCGUCAGAACCAUUACUAAACAAGCUCCCAAUAAGACAUUUUUCAACUUUCUCAGCCCACUGAGAGCCUCUGAGGAUGGGGAAUCCCUGGAUGAAGAUGAAGAUUUUGGGUACACACGAGCCUCAGAUUUUGAAAUCAGACACUUUUUCCAUGAGUGGAUAAUGCUGAGGGCUGCACUCUGCUCCACUGGGGAGGCUGUAGAGAAUGAUGAUGAAUUUGAAGAAGGCGAGGAAGAAGAGGAGGAGUUGGAAGGUAAUGAGGAGGCAGGAGAUGAUGCUGAAAUUAACCCCAAGAAAGAGCCCUGCCAGCUGGCGGGAUGCAAGCAGCAGUGA